AGGCGACAGGACGGAUGGAGUUGAAAAAUCCAGCCAUGAUGCUGAAUCUUGCCAUUUCUUUUUCAUUUGAAUAAUGAAGUCAUUAACGAGGCUUCGAGAUCAUUCCUUGCGCUCAUAUGUGUAGACGAUGAAUGGUGUUUAUUCUGGGCUAUCCAAUAAUCAAGCUCUCAAUGUGUUACGGAAAGAAAUACUGGAUGCUGUUUCUCAACAUCGAUGUGAACUCGCCGAGGACAGUGCGAAGUUGAAGUGGCAUCAGCGGUUUUUGCAUCCUCUUCUGGAGAGAAAUAAUUUCUCGCCGUAUUUCUGGACGUCCGCAGCGCUGACAUUCGCUGUUUCCCUCGUAUAUCUUGCUUCGUAUUUUGUGGCGAACGAAAAUGGAAGGUAUUCAUCCCUAAUCGGAGAAUGUGUAGUACUUUUGCUCAUCGUAGGCGUCAAUAUUCGGAUUGCGAGAUGGAUCGAUGUAUCUCGGUCGAACGAAAUCCCGCACCGAUGUGAAGUUUUGGCGAAGAAGCUUGCAGAAUGCGCUGAACAGAUACAUUGGGGCACUGGAUGCUUCCCAAAUCUCUUCACACCUUUAUCGCCGUGCAUAGCAGUGCAAUGGGCUGUACGCGAUGGCCUGCUGGUCAAUGUACCUUGGGCAUUGCUCGUUGCUGGAGACAUAAUUUUGUUGAAACCCGGUCAAGAAAUUCCAGGGAAAGAGAAGUACAAACGGGAAGCGACUCAAAAGGAAGGAAAACUCGAACGGAAUUUUGGAGAUGUUUAUGCUCCAGAUGCCGAAGAAAACAUUGAUGCCAGCUGUGAUCAGCUCAACGUACCGCAUUUACGUUCGCCGAGUCAACCCGUGCCUCAUAGGCUGCUAGAGUCACCUGUCAUGAACUGUAUUAAAUAUGCUCUGAAGCACUCAACUAUUCGGCCUUCCACAAUAAUAUCUGUUGGAGUCAACGUAUAUCGUUACUUCUACUUGGAGGAAUGGAGCGGUUGUUGGAUGGAGAUGUUUGUUCAGUUGCCCACAGUUACCGUAUUGCCGUUGAUACCCUUGGCCUUUCCCGCUUUUUGGCUGUUCGCUAAUUUCUUCGGGAGUGCCAAGAUUUUUGCGACUUUCCAUACUCUGAUAAAUACUACGAAUAGGAAAUGUUUUGAAGGAGACGCUUGUGACAGGACGUCGACAUUGGAUGAAGAAAUAGGGGAAACGAAUCUCAUUCUGCCAGAUCCAUGCGUAGAAAAUGUUGGAUUUUUUGACGUUUUAAAGCGGAUGAAGCGCAUGUUGUUAGCUGACGAUGAUGAAAAGUUCGACUUGCCUGGGAUGUGGCUUAGUUCCAACCUUCUUCAUGUUCUUGGAUCAGUUACGGCGUUGUGCUGCAUUGACAAAAAGGGCAUCCUCUCUUGGCCGAAUCCGGUGGCUGAUAAAGUAUUCUUUUUCCAUCACGCUCAGCUGGACAGCGAUCAAAACGUUGAUACUGAAAUUGACAGAAGUUCAGAAACUGACGAGGCCUCCUCUCCUCAUGUUCCGUCAAGUGUAGAACAUGAAGAACGCUACAGAAGAAAAUUCUCUUUUGAUGACGUCCCUCAGUCGCAUUCAGCUGAAAAUGAAGGCACAUUUGAAUCCGUGCCUCCACCUGAAAUUGGUGAAAGAUCAGUGGUUCCUGAAGUGUUGGACUUGUAUUUGGACCCGAAUCGACCGUUUCAUUUGCAAUUUGAUGAUCCCCAUGUGGGCCGGGGGCGACAUUUGAAAUGCCUCAAACCUCUGGGCUUAGCUGCUUUGCUUAAUACCUGCAAUCCCGAAACGCAGAAUCAUUAUGCGCAUUUUUGCUCGCACAUAACUGCGCAGGCCAUGUACAACGAAGCCUUAGUGCCAGUUACCAAUCGCAGAUGCUUGUGCGAACUCGCUCACCAAAUUGGUUUCUCUCCAAGAGCUGGGUCUCGUUACGAACUUUGCGAUCAAUUGGCUACUUUCCGACACGUGGAAGCUUCGUUAGUCCAAAGUUCGAGACUGGCGAAGUCAUUGUCGACUGCGGCUAGUGCAAGAUUGAAGUUUCCGUUUCCUCACAUGGUUGGAGUUGUUGUGAGGGAGGCUGAAGCUGGAGGUUGUCAGCUUUUGAGUCAAGGAACUGCCGAUAUAGUUCUCGACUGUUGUAUCGAUCUGUGGGACGGCAGAGAUUUAGUUCCGCUCAAUGACGGUGUCCGAUUAGGGUUACCGGACAAAUUUGUAGUAUACUGUGACAUGGUUGGAAAAACUCCAGCUGCAAUUGUCGCGCCUACUCUGAAAAUAUCGGAGGCCGCGCCCAACUGGGACAACCCUGGUGCUGUACAGAAGAAGGUGUUGGAUUUUUAUCAUCGGAGCAGCUUGACUGCGUAUUGCACCGCAUUUGCGUACUGUCCUAUCCUGUUCCCGCUCGGCGGAGACGUGUCCAUGAAAUAUCUCGAACUGCCACCCGAAGGUCAUCAAGUAAACUAUACUCAGUCUCCGACUCCGAUUCCUCUGGUUCAAAGUGAAAUCCUUGGUCCUGGAGGAAAACUUGGUCAAAUGCGGUCUAUUUCGGGACAGUAUAUGAGCAAUGAUUCUUUGAUGACCAACUGUCCGUUCGACAUAACCGAAGCAAACCAGGAGCCUGCAUCUUCCAGUGCUUGGGCUUGUUUGAUGGCACAGAGUCAGCAAGUUUUUCUUGGGAUGGUAACCAUGCAAUACCAGGCUCGUCCUCCUCUCGUUCACCUUGUUGAACAACUCGAGACUGCUUGUAUCCGAUUUGUGCACUUCAGCAAGGAGAAUGAAUUACGUUCACGGGUGUUCAGCGAGAAGAUGGGCUUGGAGAGUGGCUGGAACUGCCACGUAUCGCUUCUUUCUGAAAUGAAAUCCAACAAAUCAGAUCUGGUUAACAGCAAGGACGCAGUCACUCGUCAGUCGUCACAACUUAGUCGAUCUGAAGACCGGAAACCGUCGUUCAGGCGUGAAAAACGAGCCGGCAGCCUUGUGGAAGCGAAGCCACACAGCUUUUCUGCGCCGAGCAACAUGAAUCUCGAAGUUCCGCAACAAGACGAUGACGUCUUCGAAUACACAACCGUUAUCCAACACAAGCGAAACGUGAGUGAGGCUGUGUAUUUUAGCAAGGAGACGAUCAACGAUAUGCAACUCGUCGAAGCCGUAGAUAAAGAUAUUGCAGCAGAAAUGAGGAACAGUUCAGGCAUGGGAAAAGCAGUUUCGUCGGUUUCUCAGGAGUCGAGUCAUUUCACCGAUAGCACGGAUCAAACCGCCCCAGUUCCCUUCGACAUGUCCAACAGGGCGAAGUUGCCGCGAGGUAUUGAGAAUAUCAGACCACACUUGAAUCAAGUGGACAACGUUCCGUUGUUGGUUAGUUUGUUCACGGAUUGUACCCCAUCUGCGUGUGAAGAAAUGGUGCGGAUAAUGCAGGAUUACGACCAAGUAGUUUGUGUUCUGGGUUCCACUGCAUCGGCUCACAAUACGGAAAUAUUCCUACAAGCUGACGCUGCGUUGGGCAUUGAACCGCUUUAUCCACAAGUUUGUAUGAAAGUGCCGGUAACUACAGAGCAGGAAAGUGCAAAAGGCAUGCCGAGUCCGACGGAUGUCAGUCACCUGAUCAUGUCGCUACCUUGUGCCUUGAGCUUCCGAACGGGAGAGCCUUUAGUGAUAUUUGAAUUGAUCAGUGAAGCUCGAAAUUUCAUGAAAAACGCGAGAAAUGCGCUCCAGUUCUGGCUUUGUGCUUCCGGAGGAUUGUGUUUGAUCAUGUUAUUUAGUAGUUGCUGUUUGCUGCCCCCGAUCCUGAGACCCAAUCAUUUGCUAACUUUGGGCUCGAUCAUAUCCCCAAUGCUGGCCGUUGGGUUGGUUGCCAAUCCAGUCGAUGAUCGUGUCAUGACAAAUCCAACUGGAAAGCUGCAAACUACGGCGAAUUCUGAGGCGAGUAUUUAUUCACUCUUCCUUUAUGCGCUGUGGUUCUAUGGAAUGAAGUUCUUUCCCUCUAUAUUUGCUGUUUUGGCGAUUUUCUUGUUGACCUUGCGAGAGACUUGUACCACCCGAUGGGGUGAACAUUGCGUUUAUGUGUUCAAAAUUGGGGAUGUUGGAACUUGGGGAGGUUGGAAUCAAGACGGAGCUGUUCCUUUGCUCAUGGCGCAAAAUUUGUGCGCUAUUUUGAUAGCUCUUUAUUACGCUGCUGUUUCUGUGAGUUUUGUGCACAGAGUUGAUCAAAUAUGGACGAAGAACCCUUUGCAUAAUCGGGUUUGGUGCUGUGGUGUUGUUCUCGGAGUGAUGAUGCAGGUAUUAUUCAGUGUGAUUGAUCUCGUAUCAAACCUAGAUCUUGAAGACGGGCCAAGCAUAAGUAUACCCUUGUGGGCUAUUAUAAUUGCUGGCUUGUGGCCCAUGCUGGCGAUUGUGAUCAACGAAGGUGUCAAGCGGAGAGAAAUCUUCCGCCUAGAAAUGGCGUCGAAGCAACUAUCGGUCGCCAAAAAUCUUGCCGUUUAUUUUGUUGUGUUUGGCACGGUUAUAGCGGCUCAGCAUGACGAUCUUCCGUCGAGUGUCAUGAAAAGCUUUAAUUGUGGACAGCUUUACUACCAUACGUUUUUCCUCGAUGAACCUCGAAAUUUCCUGUAUGUCGGUGCCAUGGAUUAUGUAUUCAAGUUGAACCUCGGGAAUGUGAAUUCAACAAGUUGCACGGGUGACUCAUUACGUUUGGAAGCUACAAAUAUUGAGGACUGUGUGGCCAAAGGAAAAACUGAACAGUUCGAUUGCCGCAACCACAUUCGCGUCAUCCAACCCAUGGGUGACGGGGAACGCUUGUACAUAUGUGGUACAAGUGCUCAUCAGCCGAAAGAUUUGGUGAUCUAUCGAAACUUGACGCUGAUAUCCCGCCGAGAGCAUGUUCCUGGUGUUGGGGAUGGCAUUGCGAAAUGUCCUUUUGAUCCUCGGGAUAAUUCGACAGCUAUUUGGAUUGAGAAUGGAAAUCCUGGUGGAUUACCAGGGCUGUACUCCGGUACUGUCGCAGAAUUUACGAAAGCAGAUACCGUCAUAUUUCGUAUGGACUUGUACGAUCGUCAGACGCGUCGAAAAAAUGUUCCCUUCAAGCGAACCAUCAAAUAUGAUUCAAAUUGGCUUGACAAACCAAAUUUCGUUGGAUCUUUCGACGUGGGCGAUUAUGUCUAUUUCUUCUUCCGAGAAACUGCAGUGGAAUACAUCAAUUGUGGCAAAGUCGUUUAUUCGCGCGUUGGGCGUAUUUGCAAGUCAGAUACAGGUGGACGCCACAUUCUCAAUCAGAACUGGGUGACCUACUUGAAAGCACGUUUGAAUUGCUCUAUUCCUGGCGAAUUCCCGUUUUACUUCAACGAAAUUCAAGACGUUUACGAAAUUCCGGGCAGGACUGGAAAAUUUUAUGCUACAUUCACAACCCCAUUGAAUGGGUUGAUCGGCUCCGCAAUUUGCGUUUUUACCAUGGACUCCAUUGAUAAAGCAUUCGAAGGAAAAUUCAAAGAACAAGCAAGUUCAACGUCUGCCUGGUUGCCUGUUCUGAAAUCCAAGGUUCCUACCCCAAGACCGGGCACAUGUGUCAAUGAUACUCACAAAUUGCAAGACGCAGUCCUCAAUUUUAUUCGGUCGCACCCGUUAAUGGACGAUUCUGUCGAACAUGAAAACCAGCGGCCUGUGUGGUUUAAACGAAAUAUUGUCUUGACGAAGCUUGUUGUGGAUGUUGUGACCGCGGGAGUAGCUGCAGAUCGUCGCGAAUUCACGGUAUAUUUUGUGGGAACUCAGACUGGGGAAGUGUACAAAAUCGCACAGUGGUUUGACGAAGUUGGCCGAGCAGAAUCUCGGCUUGUGGAUACAUUCCCGGUCACAACUCCUGAACCCGUCAACGCUAUGCAACUAUCUACCAAGCACAAGUCUAUUUAUGUUUCUUCUAAUUCGGAGAUCAAGCAGGUCAGUUUGCAGAUGUGCGAAUUACGUUACAAGAGCUGCUUUGGAUGCGUUAGAGAUCCUUACUGUGGUUGGGACAAUGAAUUGGGCCUGUGUAGGUCGUAUUUUCCUGGACUGAUCCAAGACGUACCUGAUGCAAAUCCUGGUAUAUGCGAAACCAGUUUGAAGUCAAAACAUAUCGCUGCUCAUUGGGGCCAAACGAUUCACUUGAAUUGUCCAGUCUCGAAAAGCUACUGGAGAAUCAACGAUAGGCCUCCUACCUGGUACAAACAGCCAACUGUUGGAUCUCUUUAUCCUGUGACUCUGAAUUCGUGGAAAUACAUUGCAACACAGGACGAAGGCCUGGUAAUCGUCGCAAUAAACGGAAGAGACAGUGGGAGGUACGACUGCAGACUCGGCGCAGAAACGUUGUCAUCCUACAACAUUACGGUCGGUGAGGAAAAGUGUUUGGCUCCGUCAAAGUCCAAGGAUUUUCAGCAAGUGUACUCUGAUUGGUGCAAUGAAUUUGAGAGAUACAAAACAGCAAUGAAAAAUUUCGAGAAGAAACAAGCUCAGUGCGGAGCAAUAGACGGGAGGUCCAAUGAGAUUCCGACCUUCAAUCGUGCUCCUUUGGAGUAAGAUGAAUAGUUCGUUUUUUGUUUAUGGUGGUAAACUUUCGGUCUGAGUGAGUAUUAAAAAUGUGGGCAUGCAACUGCAACUCGGAAAAACAAAGAUUGAAAUCCCCCCAUCCAUUUUGAUGAGAGGGGGCUCUAAUAUUGCUUAUCCAGUUUCAAUUGUUCGUGAAUCUCGUUGCUUCGAACAGGGAAUAGUUGCUUGCCAUCUAUCGUUUUGGUAGGAACGUAGGCAUCCGUGAGUUUCAGGAGAUUGGUCCAAAAUUUGAUUCAUUGUCGAUCAGUUAUAAGUGGUUUUUGAACCUCAUUUCAGUUGGAAUCUCGGACGUUUUAGAGUUUUUCUUUUUGGAGUUUAAUUGUGAAUACAUGGAAGGAUCUGAGUAAAUUUUGAAUGAUACGGCGCAGCUGGUUGAAUCGCGCAUUUUUCGCGCCCCUUGGAUCUCGAGUCAUUUGUUUACAGUUUUUCCUUCUGUCGUUUUUUGUAUUCCUUUUUUUCCACUGAGUCCCUGUGAUGAGUCGUCUGUUGUGUGUUUUGGACGAGCAUUUUUUCUCACUGUCGCGGGAAAUUUUGAACCUGAUGCCAUUUUGUAGCUGUUGGUUGUUCUUGGUUUGCAAGCGAGUAAACAUUGGUUGGUAUACGCGGAAGUGCGAAAGGAACAUUGGAUCAAAACCCAUCUUUUUGAAAUCGAAGAAGA